AGACUCUCUCUCUGUCUAUAAAAUUCUCGGCCCACUCUUGUUUUGAUAGUACACUCAAUAGAAAGACACAGAAAGAAAGAAAGGACCAACAAAAAACAAAACAAAACCUUCCAUUUCAAGAAAGCAUCGUCUUUGUGUGUCCGAAAAAUGGAUGAUCUAGACCAUGAGUACAAGAAUUACUGGGAAACCACAAUGUUCUUCCAAAAUCAAGAACUCGAAUUUGACAGUUGGCCGAUGGAGGAAGCGUUUUCAGGUUCCGGCGACUCGAGUUCGCCGGACGGCGCAGCAACGUCGCCAGCAUCUUCGAAAAACGUUGUAUCUGAGAGAAACAGACGACAAAAGCUUAAUCAGACACUUUUUGCUCUCCGAUCAGUCGUUCCCAAUAUAAGCAAGUUGGACAAGGCAUCUGUCAUCAAAGAUUCAAUCGACUACAUGCAAGAGCUUAUUGAUCAAGAGAAGAGGCUAGAAGCAGAGAUCAGAGAGCUAGAAUCACGAUCAUUAUUGCUAGAAAAUCCGAUAAGAGAUUACGAUUGCGCCAAUAAUUUUGCUGAAAAUCAGCUGCAAGAUUUCUCAGACAAUAAUGGCCUGAGAUCAAAAAAGUUCAAGCAUAUGGGUUACGAUACUAGAGUACAACACUACCCCAUUGAAGUUCUCGAAGUACGUACUAAGCAUUAUUUGAUGAAGGUGACAUGGAUGGGAGAGAAGACAGUAGUGGUAUGCAUAACAUGUAGCAAGAAAAGAGAAACAAUGUUGCAGCUUUGUAAAGUGUUGGAGUCUUUGAAUCUCAACAUUCUCACUACUAACUUCUCUUCCUUCACCUCUCGUCUCUCCACCACUCUCUUCCUCCAGGCGGAUGAGGAAGAAAGAAGUGCAGUAGAGGCCAAGAUACAAAUGGCCAUCGCAGCUUAUAAUGAUCCAAAUUGUCUUAUCAACUUCUAAUUUACUUAAUCGUUUUAUGAUAUAUGUGAGGGUUUAUUUGUUUGAGCUACAAAACAUCCGUUGGUGUAUUAUAGUAACUUUUUUUUUAAAAAAGUAAGUUCAUUCUAAUAAUCUCAAAACUUAUAUUUCUAAAAAAACCAUUUAAAGAAGAAGAAGGUGAAGAAGGUGUCGUCUGU